CCAUUUCGCCGCGAAACAUGUUGAAACUUGCUCGAAUCUGAACUAUAAAAGUGACGACCUCCGCGAAAGAAAUCACUCUACUGUUUUGCUUAUCGGCUGACGUUCGUGUCUCUCGUUUACACACACACUAAAACAAACAAAUGGAAGACGAAACACAUUUGGAUCAUUCAGAAUCAAUGCUGGAAGAAAAUUCUCUUUAUUUACCAAGUGUGACUGACUUGGACACUGAUGUGAAGAAAACAGCGGAUAUCUGUGUGAAAAACAACAGCCUUUUACCAAUGAUUAAGCUUGAGUUAAAAUCUAAAUUGCAACUCAAAAGACACCGAAACGGGCAAAGCUUGGACAUUGACGCUGAACCUAAACCGGAAUAUAAGAUGUCUCCUUCAGAAAUACAACGAAGAAAUGAAAUGAAGAAUAGAAAUAAAGUUGCUGCCAAGAAAUAUCGUGAUAAACAAAGGAUGAAGAAAUAUGAAAAUGAAACGGUGCUGGAAGAACUGACAACCAAGAAUAAUAAUCUAAAGCAGUUAUACCAAGAAAUGUUGUCAAUGCUUAUGGAUCUGAAGGCUCAAGAGAAUCCUGUUGUUAAAGCGGAACCAUAUCCAUGAAGAAAGAAUCAGUCAAGAUGAACUCUGAAAAUAACCUUAUAUGGUUUUUAUGAUAAGAUAUAAAACCCAAGUAGAAGUAAUUGAUUCUUGAUAUACAUUCCUACAGGAAUGUCAUUGAAUUCUAUACAAUACUUCUACUGAGAAUAAAGAUGUUUUGCGGAAGCUAAUUGACACUGGAUCUCUCUUGUUUAAACCUGAAACAAGAAUGAGAUUAUUACCUGGCUGGUGGCACAUAUCCCAAUAUUCACCUUCUCAAUUACCAAUACAGUCCUUUUUUGGUCAUUUGUAAUAUAAAGCAUAAACGAACAAAAAUAGUAUCAUCCAUGGUAACGGUAAAAUUGUUGAUGAAAUAUUGUGGAUAAAAUGAGAAUUACUGAGUGAUGGUUACUAAAAUGUUGAUGGAAUAAAUAAAUACUUAUUCAUUCCAUUCUCUACCAGAAAAUUGCCAUAGUACAAUGGCUACAGACCGUGCGCUUUGGGCUAUGUUUUUACUUUUGAAUCUGAUUGUAAAAUUUGAGUUGGAGAUGAAUUGUUUAUAUUAUGAGACAGUUCGAUGUUGUUAAAGUAAUGAAAAUUUUAUAAACAUAUUUUGUCAUUACUUAUGAAUAAAAAAAACUUUAAAACUU